AUGCGCAAGUUAAUUGUGACAGGUGAUAUAGGGGGCACGAAUGCUCGCCUAGCGAUAUUCGAUGCGACAGACUCGGAUGAUGUCUGCGCUCAGCCGUGCGUCCACAGAACAUCGUAUAGGAACGAGCAGUUUUCCCGCUUCCACGAUGUACUGGACACUUUCGUGCAGGAAGCGCGUGCACACCUCAACGAUGCCUCCUUCUAUAUCGCUGCUAUGUGCCUUGCGGUAGCGGGACCUGUCGUCGCCGACCGGGUCUCGUUCACGAACCGACAGCAGUGGAUUCUGGAUGCGAAUGAGUUGCGAGACGCGUUCCAUAUUGAUCGCGUCCGUUUCUUGAACGAUUUUGUUUCGAACGGGUACGGACUGCUCACGUUGAGGGAGCCAGACGAGUGUUAUGUCUUGCAGCGUGGCGAGCCGAGUGCUGGUGAGCCAAAAGCUUGUGUCGGAGCCGGCACUGGUCUCGGGGAGUGCUACCUCACUGCGUGCGCCCAGCCGGAUGUGUCGGGUCAGGGAUCCACCGUGUGGCACUAUGAGGCACACGCGACCGAGGGAGGUCAUGUAGAUUUUGCGCCAAUAACGGAACUAGAGUUGGAGCUUCUGCAGUACUUGCGAAACAAGUUCGGUGACAGCGGCCAUAGGGUCUCUGUGGAACGCGUCGUCAGCGGACGAGGACUCGUCAACAUUUAUGAAUUCCUGCGGGAAAAGUACCCCGAAAAAGUGCAACCAAGUAUCGAUAAAUCCAUCCUAGAAUCGAAUGAUGGCGCUGCAACCAUCGCUCGCUACGUGUACGAGUGUGGCCUUUGCGCGCAGGCGAUGCGUAUGAUGAUGGAUAUCUACGGUACCGAGUGCGGGAACGCAGCGCUCAAAUACCUACCGUUUAGUGGUCUCUAUAUUGCGGGCGGAAUAGCUCCUAAAAACCUCGAAUGGCUCCAGGAAGGCAAGUCGGAUUUUCUGAAGCGUUUCCGGGAAAAAGGACGUGUGAGCACGAUCUUGCGGCGCAUUCCCGUGAAAGUGGUGCUCGCCGAGGACCUCGGCCUGCGUGGUGCACACGUCGUUGCAGCGCGCAUGGCGAGCGACACUUUUCCACCCACAAGCGCUACGGCAGGAGCGCUCAAACAUCCCCGACGCUGGUAUGAGACGCGCGCGAUUCUGAUGGAGCAUACCGAGCGGAUUGUUUAUUUCACGGGUCUGCUGGGGGUUCUCGCGUCCUGUGCGUACACUGGUGCAUCCGUGUGCUGGUGGUAUUUCCGACGAACACGUCCUGCAUAG